AUGGGCUACGCCGCAUCUUCCGGCGUGACCGGCGGGUACGGGAAGCAUGCCUACGUGGUGACCAACGCCGACGACUCACUCCCAGUCGGCACCAACGGCUCGUUGCGAUGGGGAUUAACGCGCGCCUAUGCCGCUGCGGGAACCAACGGCAUCUACAUCACGUUCGCGAAGAAAAUUGACGUUUUGCUCCUUGGGCCGCUAGCGGUGCCGUCGGGCACGACAAUCGACGGGCGGGGAGUCGCCGUCCGGCUGUUCGGGUCGUCCGUCGUGGUUCGCAACGCCCGGAAUGUGAUUGUGCACAAUAUCGAAGACUCUUCGAAAGCGCCGAGCGCGCUGAAGACAGCGAGCCCACCAGGCGGCGCGAGCACCAGCACACAGAGCGCCAGCGGCAGCACCGCUCCUCCGCUGACCGUGACGCUCUUUCGAAACUGGUUUGACUCGAACGACAACGCCAACCCCCAAUGCGCUGCCGCCACGUGUCACCUCGCGAAUAACCUGCUGUCGAAUUGGCGAACGUGGUGCAUCCAGGCGAAGCUCGCGGCGAACGUUCGGUCAGAAGGAAACAUAUUUCUUGCCGCCGGGCAGAAAGACGCGGCGCGAUCAGACGGCUCCUCGAUGGUUUCUCUAGGAGACAGGCUUGGGAACGGCGCGGUGUUUAACUCGCAAGGGACGGGCGUGGUAUUCACUCCGCCAUAUUCGAUCACACUCGCGGCGCCUGACACGGCGCUAGAGAGCUUCAUUCAGCAGUCCGCGGGUCCGCGCGUCAUGGCGCGUCCGCCCGUGCAGCCGCCCCCGCCCCCUGCUUCUCCGCCGCCUCUCCCCAAAUCUCCCCCUCCUGUGCAAUCUCCGCCUCCCCCGCCCGCGCCCCUCACUAAUAUUAACAUGAAUCCUCCGCGUUCCCCGCGCACCCCCCCUCGGUACCCCCCUGUUUCUUCUACGCCACCACCGACAAACUCUCCACCGGCGCCCCCCGCUCUCCCGUCCGCGGACCUCCCUGACGCGCAGUGCGCGUUCAAUACGGAUUUGCCGCUGCACAAUUGCUCUCUAGGGUUUGCGCAGGGUGUGCUGGGGGGAUACGGGCGCAGCGAAUAUGUGGUUACCAUCGCCAACGAUAGCAUCAUCGCGCCUGUGGAGGGUUCGCUAAGAUGGGGUUUGCAGCAGUACAGGGACGGAGUGUACAUUCGGUUCGAUUCGUCUAUGACAAUUAAUCUCAAAGGAAGACUGUUCAUAUCAUCUUACACAACGAUUGAUGGACGAGGAGGGCAGAUUCGCAUCAUGGGAGACACUAUCGUGGUGCAAUCUGCGCAGCAUGUGAUUAUACACAAUAUUGAAGUGGGCGAGGUCGACCCAGCCCCGUUCGGCACUCAAGACGGCAUAGCGAUACGGGCCAGCAGCAUGGUGUGGGUGGAUCACUGCCUCGUCCAAAACGCACCCUUGGGAACCGUUGAUCUCCUUGCUUCCUCAGACGCUGUCACUGUCUCGUACUGCCACUUCUCCAACUACCUCCUCCCACUCUCCUCCGCCAACGCCACGUCAGCACCGCCCUCCGAUGACCCAACAAGCCCAGGCUCGGGAGUAGGCACGGGCACGAACACAGGCACGGGCACGGAUGGGGAUGGGGCUACCGGAGAGCCUGAUGCGGCUCGGGUUACGUACUUUGGGAAUUUCUUUGAGGGGCCGUCAGCACCCAUGCUGCACUGCCAGGCGUCGCUGUGCCACGUGGCAAACAAUCUGUUUGCCAACUGGACCGACACGUGUAUCGUCGCGCGCGGAGGCGCGUCGGUGCGAUCGCUCAAUAACGUGUAUGCCAGCACGGCUACAGGGGCGGCGGGGAUUGUAACCGCAAAUGCGGACGGUGCGAGUUACUUCGUAACGAGCGGGGAUCUGCUGAGGAACGGAGUGCGGUUUGUGGUGAGUUUGCCGCCAGGAGUCAGUGGGAGUGCUGACAUGCCCCCUCUGCCCUACUCCCUGCCAAUAAGCAAAGCUGAUUCGAGUCUUCCAGGCAUGGUCAAGGGGAAUUCAGGGCCUCAGUUCUGA